AUGACCAGCACAACAAACACUUGUCAACCGCAAUGCCGAAACGCCGUGUUGAACUUGUAUCAGAACAAAUUAGGUCGAAUUUUACUGAGAUCAGAUACGUCAUGUCUGCCUGGUAGAGAAGAGCUGAGAACUUGUCACUUUCUUCCCACAGCAUCGACAGUACACUGCAGUUUGGUCAAGUUGGCUUGUGAAGCUGAUUUACAGGUUAUUGAUCGAUUAUUGGUUUAUUUCGUACAAUAA